AUGUCGACUUGUCCUCGCGCUCGCAACGAUGGCUGGGAGACCUCCCACAGGGGGAAGCGCGGUUCGCCCUCGCCCACGCCAGUUCCGUCAAGCCGGUGGAGCUUGCCGACGUACUGGGUCGCCUCCGACUCUUCGAGGUUGCCGACCCAGAGCGUUUCUACACGCCCAUUUUUUCUGCGGGAAGGCAUCAAUCUGGUAGCGGUUGCUCAAAAUGAUGACACCGAGCACCGGUCGUCUGUGAGAGGUGUCAUCGUAGACCAUGCCCUUCAAGUCCUCGUAGACACGCGUGGCAUCAGCAUCCUCGGCGUUGUGGGGGAUGUCGAAGAUGACGGUCAUGUUCUGUGCUUUUGGCCGCACGCCUGCUUCGACCACGCUCGUUUUCCCCACCUGGCGGCGGCCGAGCACCACGAUGACUCGGAUCUCGCGCGGGGGGCUCGGCUGCGCUCGACCAUCUCCACAAGCUCCGUCCGGAGACCAGUGCGACUGACGUAG